AUGGUCGAUGAUCUUGAUGUUGAAGCUAUGCUAGAGGCACCUUUUCAUAAAGGCCAGGAAAUUGAUGACAUUAACGGUAAAACCGAAAAACAUCACAAGGAAGAUAUGAAGAACGACGACGUCACCGAAGUUCUUCACAUACUUCUAGUCAUCGUCAUAGAUCACAUUCCAGGUCUCGUCGUUCACGUAGAUCACGCUCUAGAUCACGAGUACAUAGAAAGCGUCGGAGUAAGUCCAGGUCGCGUGAAAGACGAAGAAGAAGUCGAACUCGUUCUCGUGAAAAAAGAAAGAGGAGCCGUAGUCCACGUAGAAGAAGUCGCAGUCGAAGGUCGACGCCGACGGUCACCAACUCCUCCUUUAGAUGAAGAGGAACGUGACAAACGUACAGUUUUUGUUAUGCAGCUGGCCGCUCGUCUUCGUUCUCGAGAACUUGCCGAUUUUUUUGCAAAUGUUGGAAAAGUUCGUGAUGCCAAAAUAAUUGCAGAUAGAAUAUCUCGGAGGUCAAAAGGGGUUGGUUAUGUUGAAUUUUAUGAUGAAGAAUCUGUUCCUAAAGCUUUGGCUUUGACCGGACAAAAACUUUUAGGUAUUCCAGUUAUUGUUCAAUUAACCGAAGCGGAAAAAAAUCGACAGGCGAGAUUGGCUGAACAAGCAGCCUCGCAUGCAACAGAUAUUGCAUAUCACAGACUUUAUGUUGGAUCAGUUCAUUUUAAUCUGACAGAAGACGAUUUAAGACAAGUUUUUGAACCUUUUGGGCCUUUGGAAUUUGUAAAUCUCCAUAAAGAUCCUGAAACAGGUCGAUCGAGAGGUUUUGCUUUCAUUCAAUAUAAAAAUCCGGAGGAUGCAAAACAAGCAUUAGAAAAAAUGAACGGAUUUGAGUUGGCUGGAAGAACAAUAAAAGUAGGUCUUGUUACUGACAAAAGCAACGGCAUGAAUUUAAACCUUGAUGAUGGUGAUGUUGCUGGUUUAGCUCUCAAUGCACAAUCACGAGUAGAAUUAAUGCAAAAGUUAGCGCGUGAUACAGAUUUAAUCGCACCGGCUGCAACUCCUGUUCAAUCAGAACCUCCGCGUCCAGUUCAACCUAGAGUAAAUCCAACUCGUUGUGUCUUGUUAAAAAAUAUGUUCAAUCCUGAAGAGGAAACUGAGUCAAACUGGGCUGAAGAGCUCGAGGAAGAUGUGAAAGGUGAAUGUGUAAAAUACGGACCUGUUGUUCAUAUCUCUGUUGAUAGAGAAUCUGCAGGAGAUAUUUACAUGAAAUUCGACAGUGUAUCGUCCGCUCAGGCUGCAGUGAACGGUCUUAAUGGCCGAUGGUUUGGAGGAAAUCAAAUCUCGGCAGUUUUCAUUCUCGAUAUGUUUUAUAACGAAGGAAAUAACGACUUGCCAUCAUAUGAAGGGGAAGUCUUUGCAUUCUAUGUGCGUCCGGGUCGCACCGUUGAGAAGGCGAUGCAAGAGUAA